AUGAAGUUGCGGGCUCUAUAUGAUGCAAAGAUAAUUGCCUACAACAACUACCAGAAGUUACUGGAACAGCUAUGUUGUGUCCGGUAUAAUGAAAACUGCUUAUCAAGAAGAUGCCUUCUUUGCAAAAAUAGACUUCCUAAAUAUAAAGAAUUCAACGAUAAGAGAAUCAUAAAAUAUAAGAUGUGGGUCCAAGAAAGACAAGAAAUCAUAGAUUUAAAGACGAAAAAGCCAAAGAUAGUGACAAAACACCUGAAAAUGGUGUACAAUGGACAUCCCCGUCAAAUAAUAUCACAAUUACACACAGAUUUAGAAAAAUUCUUUGUACAUCAAAGAAAUAUCAUACAUCAAUACAGUGCUAUAAAUCAUUUAAAACAAAAUCUACAAGACGACGAUGUCCUUAUUCAUAUCGACUUCAGCGAAAAUUAUUACACAAAGUAUGCUGAAGAGAUACAAGCAUUUCAUUUCGGUGGAUCUAGAGCGCAAUUGAGCCUGCAUACAGUAGUAGUUUAUUUAAAAGGUACAAUACAUUCCUACUGCACGAUAUCAGAUAACAUAGCCCACUCACCUGCUGCUAUUUGGGUACAUCUAGGACCUAGGACCCAUUUUUCAAUCACUUCCAUGUGGCAUAAAGCAUGUACAUUUCUUGAGCGAUGGCCCCGUUACGCAAUACCGUAA